AUUAUAUUCUUCCCUGCCGCAACCGUCUCACGAUUGGAACGGAAUAUAUUCAACAUUUAUUCUUCAAAUAUAAGUGCCGGGCUCUGGUACCAAACGAAAAUCGUUCCCGGCGGCUGGUCCAGGCAGCGAACCUAGGGCGCCGUUCCGCGGAGAAGAUCGAAGAUGGGUGGCUGCUGCUGCUGCUGCUUCCCCGCCUCCGCUAAACCCAGGAGAGAGAACCCAAUGCACCCGGCCACGGAGUCACUCAUCCAGCGGAAUCCGGAUCACACGGUUCCACAUCAUCAUCCGCCCCAGGAGGUCAAAAACACUGGCAAGGGCACGAAGGCUGCCGUACGGUUGAAGACCGGGUUCGAGCGUUUUAAGACGACUAUCUACGACAAGAAUCUGAAGCUGUUUGAGCCGCUCAAGACCAGCCAGACCCCCAAGUACAUGGUGUUCGCAUGCUCUGACUCGCGCGUGUGCCCAACAUUAACCCUCGGCCUGCAGCCAGGAGAGGCGUUCACUGUCCGAAAUAUUGCGGGCAUGGUUCCUGCCUACCAAGAGAAAAGGCACUGCAGCAUUGGGUCAGCCAUUGAGUUUGCCGUGGUUGUCCUCAAGGUUGAGUGCAUUGUUGUGAUGGGUCAUAGCCGCUGUGCUGGAAUCAAGGAACUCCUCUCUCUGAAAGCAGACAGACCUCACGCCUAUCACUUCAUUGAGGAUUGGGUCAAGGUCGGCAUGAACGCCAAGAGGAAGGUCCUGAGAGAAAACCGGUUGUUGCCUUUCGACGACCAAUGCACCGUGCUGGAAAAGGAGGCCGUCAAUGAGUCCCUUGCAAAUCUCAAAUCCUACCCGUUCGUCAAGGAUAGAUUGCGCAAGGGCACACUGAGUCUGCUUGGUGCCCGCUACGACUUCGUGAACGUCAGCUUGGAGACGUGGAAUCCCUGAAGUCAAAUGGUGCAGAAAUGGUUAGCUAAGGGCUAAUUGCACAUACCUGUGCGUCCAGUGGAAUUCUUGUUUACCGCCCGAGGUUCUGACGCCUUACGCCUACCUCCCAAAUUGCGAUGUAUGCGCUUUUUGGUGUAAAUCAUGUUGCCUUCCCC